CCGCAACAAAAGCCACGGAGAUGGUAGAAGAGGGAGAAGACGGCGAAAUAUCCGAAACUAGCUCGUGGAAAUGGCGAUGACGGUGGUGCCGCUCGCAGCGGCCGCGGCUCCAAUAGCCCGCACCUCGGGCGCUCCAGACUCUGUCCGUUUUCUAGGAGUCCUCCUGUGCCUCCGCCGCUCUCCGCGGGGCGUCGCCUGCGCCUUUCGCCGUAGGCCUUCCAAAUACAAGACUAAAAUUCAGAACGAGGUAGUGGUAGAAGAGGAUGGCAUUGAUGGUGGUGAUGACGACGAUGCCGACGAUGGUGGGCUGGAAGCACUUUUCAAGCAGUUGGAAGAUGAUCUAAAGAACGAUGAUUUAUCUGUCGAGGAUGAUGAUGAUGAGAUAUCGGAGGAAGAUAUGGCCAGAUUCGAACAAGUAUUGGCAGAAGCAAUUGGGGAUAUCAGUGGCAGUGAAGAAUCUGUGGGAGAUUUGGUGACAGACUCUAAAGAUGUUGGUAAUGGUGAGGAAUCAGAUGCAGUCGAACGACCAGAGCUGAAAAACUGGCAACUCCGGAGAUUGGCUUGUGCACUGAAAAUAGGUCGCCGUAAAACUAGUAUAAAGAAUCUUGCAGGGGAGCUUGGCUUGGAUAGGGGCUUGGUCAUUGAAUUGCUCCGUAAUCCACCUCCAAAACUUCUACUUAUGUCUGAUUCUUUGCCUGAUGAAGCCCCUUCUAAACCUGAAGUCAAAGAAAUAGAGCCUUCCCCAGUAGUUGAUGAGGUAGAUGCCACUGAAACCAAGCCACAGAUGGACAUUCCCGUUCAUGUCAUGAGCGCAGAAUGGUCCAUGCAGAAAAGGCUAAAAAAGGUGCAACUGGAGACACUAGAAAGAGUCUACCUCAGAUCCAAACGCCCAACUAAUACAAUGAUCAGCAGCAUAGUUCAAGUUACAAGCCUUCCACGAAAGACCAUUGUUAAGUGGUUUGAGGAUAGAAGAGAGCAAGAUGGCGUACCGGACCAUCGUGCCGCAUACAAGAGACCCCUAUCUGAGACCAUAGCUAGUUGAUAACUUCUUCGGACAAGCUUGUCUUACAGAGUUCUGUUUGAAGUCUGAACUACCUAGAAGUGUAAAUUCAAACUAUGAACUACAACCAGUUUCACAAUCCCAAUAUGGUGUGUCAUUUAUAUUAUAAAUUAUUCUUUGAGAUCAGCCAA